GUGCCUUUGAAUCGGUCUUGGCUUUGCUCUCUACUCCUAUCAGAGUGUUGCGGUCAACAGCAGUAGGACAAGGAGAGCGUUGGAUUUGAUUGAUUUGGUUCUCUCAGAAGAAGCAAAAGCACACUCAAUUUUGAUCAACUUUGAUCAGUUUUGCCCUUGUCUUGGACUGUAUAACUGAAAAGCUCCCAACCCCUUUUUUUUCCUGGUUAAAGUUACAAGACGUCACUUACAUAACGCAGAAUACGGAAACUUCGUCAUCCGCAACCAGAACCACUUGUGCAAGAAAAAUAUCGAGAUACAUGUAGCCAGGAAGUUAGCGGGAAGUGUCCACCGUCUGGGGCUGAUUGUAAUACCUCCAACAAUAACUACUAGACUAUCCUAUCUUAUUCCUAGUCUGGGAGAAACGAGAAACAAGACACCAGCAGAUACAGCAGAGCCAGCAGAAACAACCGAGACAACCGGCAUCAAUAUUCUAUCAUCAUCAUUAUUCCAGCGUUGUUGCCACCCGUCCAUACAGCGGCCAACCAGCUACCAACAACUUCCACUACACCCGGACUAACCACGCAUCUCAGGUUCCGCAACAAAUCAACAGCCAGCCAAUCCACCGACAACCCCGGAUCUUUCGAUGCCCCGUCUGUCCUUUCUUUCUCGUCAGAUGUCAGGCUUCCCAUCUCCUCCUUGGCUGACCCCGUAACCACCAACGCAGCCCGUCCCCAUUCUCCCGUCUCGUCUGCUACAGAACCACUCCUCCUGAUCUUGAUCACACCCCAACCAGCCAACCCGUUGGAGAGAGACCGAUCACACCUCACCCACCCGACUCCUCCAUCCCACUCCUCUUCCUACUCUCUCCCCUCCCCUUUCUACGAUUUCCUCCGUAGGGCUGCUCCCGCCAGCCCUCACCUCCCACCGCCACCAUUUCUUCCUCAACACCCCCCAAGCCUCCCACCGCUAUCCCCCUCCGGUCCCUUUCUCCUCAAUCCCGGCCCUCGCCUGAUCCACCUUCCGCGCUGUUAGACUUUUCACGCGAGAAAGAGGGCAACCGGCGGCUUUCUUCUUCCUCUCUUCCGCCUUCCGAUUCAGACUCCGACUUCUCGGUUUGGUCAGACACUGGCGACCUCGCUGAACAACUAGCCAACGAAGAAGACCCUCUUCAGAUCCAUCUCCGUCAUUCGCUUGAACAUUCCGCCUUUGGGCGAAGCGGCUUUCGCUCUCGCGGGAAGCGUUCAAAACGGGUGCACUACCCAACUGAAGAGCACCCUCACGGAACCCACCAUCACCAUCACCACCACGAAGGCCACGGCAACGGUAACAGUGAUAGUGGCCUCUUCAAGGAGAUCCGUAUCCCAACCCCAGCUCCUCGAACUAUCUCGAGAGUGGAAAGAAUAUUAGCCGUUAUCAUGUCCCCUGGGGCCCCGCGAAAGGCCAGGAGCAAUGGCCUGGUGGGCAAACCAUUACUAUAUUUAACGAGUGUUUUUGUGUCAUUGGGUGUUUUCCUUUUUGGAUAUGAUCAAGGAGUUAUGUCAGGAAUUAUCACGGGUGCCGAUUUCAAAGACUAUUUCAACCAACCGACUAUGGCGGAGAUCGGUACCAUGGUUGCCAUUCUGGAGAUCGGAGCGUUCAUUUCCUCUCUUAUCGUUGGAAAGAUUGGCGAUAUCAUCGGCAGAACGCGCACCAUUCUCUACGGGUCCAUGGUGUUUUUCAUUGGGGGUGCUUUCCAGACUUGCGCUACGGGCAUUCCUAUGAUGCUCCUUGGUCGUAUCAUCGCCGGUUUGGGCGUGGGUGCCUUAUCUACUAUCGUCCCUGUUUAUCAGUCUGAAAUAUCGCCUCCCCAUAAUCGAGGCAAGUUGGCUUGUAUCGAGUUUACUGGAAACAUUUGUGGUUAUGCAGCCAGCGUUUGGGUAGACUACUUCUGCAGCUUUAUCCCAAACAACUGGGCUUGGCGGUUACCUCUUUCGUUACAAUGCUUUAUGGGUGCUCUUCUGGGUUUUGGUAGUCUUAUUAUCUGCGAAUCUCCUCGAUGGCUACUAGAUACAGAUCGCGAUGAAGAAGGCAUGGUCGUCAUUGCCAACCUGUACGGUGGAGGUGACCUUCACAAUGAGAAAGCCCGUCAAGAAUACCGUGAUAUCAAAAUGGGAGUCUUGAUUCAGAGACAGGAGGGCGAACGGACAUAUGCAGACAUGUUUCGCCGCUACCGCAAAAGAGUUUUCAUUGCCAUGUCUGCCCAAGCAUUUGCUCAGCUCAACGGCAUCAAUGUUAUUUCCUAUUAUGCCCCGUUGGUCUUCGAAUCCGCUGGCAUGAUGGGACGUAAGGCAAUCCUUAUGACCGGCAUUAACUCGCUAUCCUACCUGGCUUCGACGAUCCCACCUUGGUACCUUGUAGACCGCUGGGGUCGACGUCCAAUUCUGCUUUCCGGCGCCGUGGCGAUGAUUAUAUCACUAUCCUUUAUCUCCUACUGGCUCUACCUUGAUAUUAAAUUAACCCCAGUCCUCACCGUUGUUUCCGUCAUGGUUUACAACGCCGCGUUCGGUGCUUCGUGGGGCCCCAUCCCAUGGUUGUAUCCACCGGAAAUUUUACCACUCAGCAUUCGAGCAAAAGGUGCGAGUUUGAGUACUGCUUCCAACUGGGCGUUCAAUUGGCUGGUCGGGGAAAUAACCCCAGUCCUGCAGGAAACGAUAAAAUGGCGUCUUUAUUUGAUGCAUGCUUUCUUCUGCGCAUGCAGUUUUGUUCUAGUGUAUUUCGUCUACCCCGAAACCAGUGGAAUCCGCCUUGAAGACAUGGAUGCGAUCUUUGGCGAUGGAACUGCUGCUCCAACACCAGCCACGCCCGCAGAACGCGACGCUCUCAUGGGCAUCGGAUCACCGGUGCCGUCUCUUGAUAUUCGAAGGUCUCCUGAGGGCUAUCCCGGGGCCGAACAUGCGAUCCCAGGACUUGACAUUAACCCACCCGAGUCAAGUAACAAUAAUUAUAAAAAUAAUAAGUCUGAUCGACCCAGCACUGGCACGGUAGAACGAUCUGACCGCCGCGAAGGAAUUGGUUCGUGGUUAGCUAGCAUGAUUGGGCGGGGGAGAAACUCCGGCAACAACGGUGAUCAGGGACGAUAUAGUCGGCUUGACCAGGAUGAAGAGAGUUAGAGUGAUCAUACUUUCAAAAGAGACAAAAGAUCAAAAAUACAUAAAUGUUGUGUUUGCAACGUGAAGGAAGGAGGGCAAUUUUGGCUGAUUGCGGUAGGGGAGGUGGAGCAGGGAGCGUACAUCCUUCAUCACACCCGCUAACGCUUCUCCAGCGAGCUCAUUUUCUAGACCCAGGGUGGUACUACAAUGUUUUUUUUUCUUCGGUGUGUUUUUCCUUUGAUACUACCCCGCAUCGGUUACACUUGAUUGGGAUCAUUUCUUAUUCAGCUUUUCUAGACCUCUGAAGUUUUAUACAGUCUAUUCUCCUUCCUGAAAUUUCCUGGUCCACCCUUUGCGCCCGGUGGGAGCCAGGAACACCCCACACACACACACCAAUGUAGACGCCUUUUUCUCCUCCCUAUUAUUUCUUUCUUUCAUAUUUCCCAUUUACAUUAUUUUUUCCCUCGGCUUUUCUUUUUCGUCCCGGUGGCAUACACGCUGGGCAUUCAAUUCUCCACUUUUUCCUACAAGUUUAUUUUGAACAUCUGGUUACAUGAUACAUGUGCGAACUUUAUUAUAUAUUUGCUGUAAUAUUUCCUCAUUCUUCAUUUUCAUAUUUUCAUCUUAUCUGUCCGUCUGGCUGGCUGGCUAGGUCAGGGGAGAGAGGGAGAAAGCGGAGAGUAGACGCUACACAUAGCCGGUUCAUGUACAUGUACAUGAGAGUGCAACAUAAACUGUUAAUCCUUUUUCUUGUUUUCUUAUUGCAUUUUACAUUUUAUUAUUAGUUUUAGAUGGUCAAAUCUGUGUUGGGUAAUUUUAUUUUAUUUUAUUAUUUUAUUAUUUAUUAUUACUAUUAUUAACUUAUUAUUAUUUUAAGACACA